CCAGGAAAUGGGGUUUCGGAGAUGGCUUGCCAAGACUCACAACAUUGAAUCCAUCUCAAAAGCCAAAAAUGAUAAUAGUGGUGGUGAUCACACUAUUUCAAACCUGAGCGAUCAUUGUUGUCAUGAACCCAAUGCAGCUAAUUCAGAUUAUAUUGCUUGGCUGAAUGAACACCCUUCUGCGCUGAGCUCAUUCAAAGAAAUGAUGAGCGCUACGAAAGGGAAGCAGCUUGUCGUGUUUUUAGAUUACGACGGUACCCUCUCCCCAAUUGUAAAUAACCCUGAUCAUGCUAUCAUGUCAAAACCGAUGCGUUCAGCUGUUCGUGAAGUUGCUAGCCACUUUCCAACAGCUAUAAUAAGCGGUAGGAGCCGAGACAAGGUGCAUGAGUUUGUUAAGUUAAAUGAAAUAUAUUAUGCUGGGAGUCAUGGGAUGGAUAUAAUGGGACCACCACUGCAACUGAAGUCUUAUGAUGGCAAGUAUCAAAACAAAGCCCUUGAUGAAAACGGCAACGAAGUAAACAUCUUCCAACCUGCUCAGGAUUUUCUGCCUGAAAUUAAAAAGAUGUUAAAGGAGUUGGGAAAGAGCACCUGUAAAAUACAAGGUGUCAUGCUAGAGGACAACAGGUUCUGUAUCUCUGUGCAUUACCGACAUGUACAAGAAGAUGAUUAUGGCAGAUUAGAAGAGACAGUAAAGUCUAUGCUUGCAGAAUUUCCAGGGUUUCACCUGACUAGGGGUAAAAUGGUUCUGGAAAUUCGGCCAUCAAUAGAGUGGAACAAAGGCCAUGCCCUAGAAUAUCUACUCGACACUCUAGGGUUUGCCAACUCCAGCAACGUCCUCCCACUGUAUAUUGGAGAUGACCGAACUGACGAAGACGCAUUCAAGGUUUUGAAAAGUAAAGGACAAGGCUAUCCAAUUGUAGUGUCUUCCAUACCGAGGGACACCCUGGCUUCAUACUCUCUUCGUGAUCCAUCGGAAGUACUGUCCUUCUUGAUACGUUUGGCAAGAUGGGGACAAAGCUCUUCUUAGUAGGUCACUUCGUCUUUUUCCGAGACCCUGGUUUUUUUUUAUUACCAAAGGGUCUCUUUCUUCCAUGCACACUCUACAGGAGAAGAGGUUCAGGUAUAAAUACAAAUACAGGAAGAAGUAGCAGCUUAUACUUUUUAUUAUUUAUUUACCAGUCUGCCA